UAACGACAUCCGCCUUGUUCCAACUGAUAGCGCCGAUAGUUGGGCUUGGGGCAGUGCAAAGUUAUGGUCGUACGAAAAUAUUUGUAUUUGAACUUUUUGAUUAUUAUGGAAUUGUCUUAUUUUCAUUUGUCGUACUAGUUUUUGGAUGUUUGAACUUGAAUAGUGCCUGUGAUAAAGUAAAAUUGUAAAAAAUGAAGGGACUGAACAAAUUGAAAAAGAGACAAGCUCUGACAUUGUUGGUAAUUGGAAUUGCGGAUUUUUGUAGUGGCAUGGUUUGUUCGUUACAAGCGCCAUUUUUUCCAGAAUUGGCUGAAAGAAAAGGAUGCACUGCAACAGAAUACGGUCUCGUAUUUGGCAUAUUCGAAUUUGUCGUUUUCAUAGUGAGCCCCCUGUACGGGCAGCAUUUGAACAAAAUCGGUCCGAAAGUUACGUUUAAUGGAGGCAUCUAUACUACGGGAAUAUGCGCCAUUUUGUUUGGAUUUUUGGACAAGGUAGAAGGCCGGUAUCCGUUUAUAAUCUUGAGUUUCGUCAUACGGAUAGUGGAAGCUAUGGGAAAUGCGGCCUUUUUGACAGCCAGCUUCGCUAUUAUUGCCAAAGAGUUUCCCGAUAAAGUAGCUACAACAUUUGCUUCUUUAGAAACAUUUUUUGGCCUAGGUCUAAUAGUAGGCCCAACAGUAGGCGGAGCCCUAUUCCAAGUAGGCGGCUACACUUUACCGUUUGCAGUGAUGGGUUCGGCCCUAUUCCUGUCCGCAAUCCUUACUGCCAUGGUACUACCGAAACACGAACACGGUGAAGACAGGGAGCACGGUUCCUCAGUACUGAAAAUCCUGAAAAUCCCCGGAGUACUGUUAGCUUCGGCCAGUAUCAUUGUGACUAGUACAUCGAUCAGUUUUUUGCAAGCCACUCUGGAACCGCAUCUGCGCGGGUUCCAUUUAGCUCCCAUGAUUUUGGGACUGAUGUUUGUGAUAAAUGGGGGGAUUUAUGCUGUUACUACUCCGGCUUGGGGAUGGGUUUGCGACAAUUUGUGUCCGCCUAAAGUGGUUACCGCUUUGGGUACUUUACUAGUGGCUGUAGGGUUUUGUCUGAUUGGACCUGCACCUUUUAUACCUUUACCUACCAUUUUUUGGCUGACAAUUAUUGGGUUGGUGUUCCACGGACUUGGAAUGGGUGCCCAAUUGGUUGCUUCAUUUGGAGAUGCAUUAAAAACGGCCAUUCUAUAUGGAUUUCCCAACGAUUUGGAAACCUACGCUUUAGUAUCAGGCCUUUGGACAAGCACCUUCGCUCUAGGCGCUUUCAUUGGUCCAUCCAUAGCCGGUAUUCUCUACGACACCAUUGGUUUUCGCAACGCUUCAAUGUUCAUCGUAGUCAUACAUUCCCUAGUAGGCAUAGUCACUGUUGCCUACAUGAUAGCAUCAAAGAAACCUACCGGCUACAUUGAAAUUAAAGAAGAGAAAAUACCCAACGGAGAUGUCAUUGAAACUACUCAGAGUCAAGGUCAAAGCGAGGAUAGUGUUAGGAGUUUGAGGUCUAUAGGCAAUGGGAUUUCGAUUGAGAAAUCCAGGCCUCCGGCUAUGAAUAGUUUGAUAGCUUGUAACAGCUACAAGAGUCAAGCUUGGCCCGAAAGGGAUUCUAUCAAUUUGAGCUUGGGACCUUACAGUCAUAGUUAUGGAGCUGUUAAUGGACGCAAUUUUGCUUCACCUUACUUAGAAGGAGUUGCUUGAGACUCAAGUAUUUUAUCUAUGUAUAUAAUAAGUGUCCUUUUUAAAAUUAAUUAUUUUUUAAUUUAUUUAAAAUGCCUGGUUUAUUUAUUUUUAGAUAAACUUGCUGGUAACUAUUUGCACGAUAGUGACCCUUCUAUAAUUCUAUUAGUCAGCACUCAAUGGAAUUACCACAUUGCAUACCUGACAGUUUAUCAGAGAGUGAAUAAACUUGGCCUAAUCGAUUUAUUUUAUUAAAAUCAACAGAUGUUUUCAUUAGUUAGACAAAUAAAACUUUACUACUGUUACUUUUUGAUUCACCUACCUUUUAAUUAAAUAAUGUUCAUUAACAAAUUAUCUAUGAAUAGGAACACAUAAGCUCUGUUUCAAUUGUCAUGAGAACCGUUCUAGAACAGUAAUUUCCAGUUGAUCAAUUCAUUUGUCAAGUGGAAUAACUGUUCAACUUAUUAGAAAAUAGGUGAGCAACUGGUUCUAGAACGGUUCUCAUGUCCGUUGGAACUUAGAACAGAGCUAUAGAAGUCACUAAAAUAAGAAAAUAUAUUACCAAAUUAUUUUAUUUAAAACAAAAAUACAAAUUAAUUUAUGUUAUACUUAAUAGACCAUAUUUUUCAAUAUUGAGCUGUUGUGAAAGCAUGCAAUGACAUGGAACAGAGUAAGUACUGAAUUAAUUAAAACCCCAACAGCUCAAAAUCUGUUUUUAUUACUGAGCCUUACCUUUUCUCAUUCAAAUUGCGCUACUAGAACCAUCAUGCCCACUCCGACCAACAUGGCGAAAAUUUGCAAUAGAGCUUGUUUAAUAGUUGGUUUUUCUUCGUCCAAAAGUUCAGGAAUAACUGACACUAGGGCAAUGUAAAUGAAGCCGCCAGCUGUGAAGGGCAGAAUCCAGGAUGCCGCCAUCGCACCUGCACUGUUUUGAGCU